AUAAAUCACACAAGCGUUUCUCUCAUCCUCGCAACUUUACUCACAAUGGCUGGUCACGAUCAUGUACUCGCGGUAGACCCCGCGUUGGUCAAAUAUAGCAAUAUGUCGACCAAUCGCCACAAGUAUUUCCGAUGGACGGGUCGCACUACUGCUAUUUCGUUUGUCUUCGCAGCGGUCAUUCCGAGUAUCGUUGGGUAUAUGGCUAUUAAGACUGAGGGAAAAUGGGAUAUGAGAGGAAAGCGCAGGGGUGAUACGAUUGCGGAAUUUUAGAUGGGGAGGAAAAGGGAGGGAGAAGAGGAUGGAG